GCUGUGUGUCAACAUUAGCUUCUUUUGGAAAAGGAAACUGGAAGGUUUCAACCAAUCUUCAAGUUUACCUUCAAAGAUGCCUGAAAUCAGGCACUGCAGCAGACAGAGCCAAAUAUUUUCCUGUAGCGACUAACGUUAUGCUACCAGCUGAUACAUUUAAAGGAAAAACAGCGUUUAUCACUGGUGGAGGGACUGGAUUAGGGAAAGGAAUGACUACAUUUCUUUCAAAACUUGGUGCAAAUGUUGUCAUCACCAGUAGGAGCGUUGAUGUGUUGAAGAAAACAGCUGAGGAAAUUUCAAAAGAAACGGGCAAUAAGGUACUAGCAGUAGGAGCUGAUGUCAGAAACCAAGAAGCCAUUAAAACAGCGUUAGAUAAAUGUGAAUCUGCAUUCGGGUUACCAAAUAUCAUUAUAAAUAACGCAGCAGGAAACUUUAUUUCACCUACUGAAAGAUUGUCAAUGAAUGCUUGGAAGACAAUUAUUGAUAUAGUGUUAAAUGGUACAGCUAAUGUCACAAUUGAUGUUGGAAAGAGACUGAUAAAAGCUAAACAGGGAGCUGUUUUCCUAUCUAUAUCAGCUGAUUAUGCUGAUUCUGGAUCAGGUUUUGUUGUUCCUAGUGCCUCUGCUAAAGCUGGUGUAGAAGCCAUCACCAGAUCAUUAGCUAGUGAAUGGGCUAGAUAUGGUAUGAGGUUUAACUGUAUUUCACCUGGUCCUAUAGAAACUCAGGGAGCAUUCAGUCGGCUAGAUCCUACUGGAGAAUUUAUGAAUACUAAAAUAGGAGGUAUACCAGCUGGAAGAGCAGGGGAGGUGGAAGAAAUUGCCAAUUUGGCAGCCUAUCUUGUCAGUGAUUAUUCUUCGUGGAUUUCAGGGCAGAUAAUAAGAUUAAAUGGUGGAGAAUAUCCAAGUGAAGCUGGCAUGUUUAAUCCAUUAAAACUGGUUUCUAAUGAACAGUGGGAUAUGUUAGAGAAGAUGAUCCGAUCAGUGAAAGGAUCCUAAUGGCUUGUAAUCGCUGUUAGUUCACCAUGACAUUUUAUAAGAAAUAUACUAAAUUUGUUUUGGUCAUCAAGAAGAGCUUAUAGGACUUAAAAAGGCUCUUUAAAAGUGGAAAGGUUCAUUCACCUUAAGACCUUCAACUCUACUGCACUUGGCAUGUUGUCUCUAUAUGAAUAAUAUUUUGAUGCAAGGCUGAAAAUCAAUUUUAUUUUAUGGGUGUGUAUUUGAUUAAAAAAUAUAUCAUUCAAUUGAGUUAAAUUCUGAAGACAUAUUUCUUUAAAUGUGAUGUAACAUUUUCUUAUCUAUUUAUCGCAAAAUCAAUAAAUCUUGAAGAAAAUAAAAAUGUUACCAUGGUUACCAAUUACUUUUUUCAUGGUAAUUUAUUUUAAAUAUCUUGAAUAACCAUAUAUUCUCAUCAGUUAUCUUUCAUUUAUAGACGCCUAUAAUUUCAUACUGGAAAGAUAAGAUGUUAAAUGAUGCCCGUGUGCUCAAGUCGUUUCGUCACAUUUCUUCUUUUAAUGAUUUUUUAUCAUGAUUUUCCAUCACAAUAUAUUGGCUUUGAGUAAAUAAGGUUUUACGAAUUGACAUAAACAUGUGGUAUAUUUGUUGUCUUGCAUUGAAAUAAAUGCAUUAUAUUAGCAGAGAUUAAGUUGUAUAAUCCUUCAGUAUAGCAGCUGAACAAAUUGCAAUUUUAGUGUAAACUUGUAAAACCUUUUCUUUUUUGGGUAAAAUUACAUUAGGAAUUGGCAAUUACAUCUACUUGUAACAGGUUUUCACCUUAUCGUUCACAACCUUGACUGAACAUUUUAUUUUGAAAAGAGAUACAGGCUGUUGAAAAUAAUUUUUAUGAUCUUGUCGACUGCAUCCCUUUAAUACAUUGUGCAUGACUAAAGUUUAAGCUGUAUAUAUAAAUAUUUAUAUAGAACCACAAUUGUUACUUUAUUAUAUUGUUACUAAUUGAUAAUUAAAAAUUAAUUAUAUGGC